UCAUCAGCAUAUAGAGCAAGAAUCGGACUUCAGAGCUACAAGUCGCUGCAAGCAUACAGGAAAGCAUUCGCAAAGGGCAGAGCUGGUUGAGCACAUUGUCAAAGUUAUGACUAUGUGUCGAUCUCCGAUGGCCUUUCCAGUGACAAUGACGUGCUUCAUGUUUUUGGCAGCAAUUUGUUUACCUUCGGUACAUGGAGCUCGUCAACUUAUUACUCUUCCUGCUCUUCCACCGCUCCCGUCUCUUCCACCGCUCCCAACGCUUCCUCCUCUGCCAACUCUGAAAACACAGCUUCCGACGCUUCCUCCUCUGCCAACUCUGAAAUCGUAUCUUCCGACACUUCCUCCUUUGCCAACAAUUUCUACUCAUCUGCCAUCGCUUCCUCCCCUCCCCACUAUUCCUUCUCGGUUCCCGAAGCCUCCUCCUUCGUCUUAGUCUGAAUCCAAAUCUGGCCUAGCACUGCCAGUCCUCUAUCUGCACAUCUUCGUGCAGCUCACAUCCGGGUGUUGUUUGUGUUUUUAGCUUUUACGGGAAUAAUCCAUACCCUUUAAUCUGUCUCCAUCUUGCUCAGUCUUGACGCAGGUGCACUGUGCCCUGUGAGUAUCUAAGUGCAUUCUGCCUCCAACAACAGAACCUUCUAUGGAGGGACUGGAGGUUGUACAGCGUCAAGGCAUCCAGCACCCAUUAUAUUCGAAGCACGCCGCACUCUCCUCUCAGAUCUGAGUAGGAAUCUACAAUAAGCGCUAAUUCUGGAAAUCUGGACCUGAUCGGAAACAUGCUUCAUUCUUUUGGCAACAUAGACUCCAACAUGAUGUGCCUACGUGAGAUUCACAAGCAGUGUAGAGAUAUACUCACGGCGAUGGUACUGAAGCAAUGGUAAUGAAUAAUCAAUAUUUCCUGGAGUCUACCGAUCAGUGAAGCCUUCAUCUUCCUACCGCGAGACAUGUGUAGGUGGAGAUAGCUUGGGGCUUUUCUGUGUCUCUAUCAUGAAAAUGUUUUUCCUGAUGAAACGCUUUAAUUUCGUACCAAUUUCGUUUCGUACCAAUUCUUUAGCAAGCA